UUUUAGUAAUGGACUUUCAAAAUAGAGCUGGAGGUAAGACUGGAGGAGGAGGUGUAGCUUCUGCUCAGGAUGCAGGUGUGGAUCGGAGGGAACGGUUGAGGCAACUCGCUCUCGAGACUAUCGAUCUCCAAAAGGAUCCAUAUUUCAUGCGGAAUCAUCUGGGAACUUAUGAGUGUAAAUUAUGUCUCACCUUACACAAUAAUGAAGGAUCAUAUCUUGCUCACACGCAAGGUAAAAAACAUCAGUCAAAUUUGGCUAGAAGAGCAGCAAAGGAAGCACAGGAGCAGCCAUUUUUACCAGCCCCAGCUGCACCAAAAGUAGAACUUCGAAAAUUUGUGAAAAUUGGUCGGCCUGGAUAUAAGGUGACUAGAGAACGUGAUCCAGCUACUGGGCAACAAGCGCUAUUAUUCCAAAUAGAUUACCCUGAAAUAGCAGAAGGCGUUCAACCGAGACAUCGCUUCAUGUCCGCUUACGAACAGAAAAUCCAACCGCCUGACAAAAGGUGGCAAUACCUCCUUUUCGCUGCUGAACCGUACGAAACAAUAGGCUUCAAGAUUCCGUCCAGGGAAGUCGAUAAGUCGGAGAAGUUUUGGACAAUGUGGAACAAAGACACCAAACAAUUCUUCUUACAGGUUGCCUUCCGGUUGGACUCCCAUAUAGGCGGCAAUGAUGUAGGCUCAGCUCCGCCACCUGUAAUGAAUGCACCCAUGCCCCCUCCACCUAUGUUCGUUCACUACUGACCUUGUUUGAUUGUUGUUUGUUUUGCUUGAGUAUACAUACAAUGUCUUUGCUUGAGUUACAUUUGUUGGUCUCAUCUUUAAACAAAGACUAUGAAGCGUUCUGG